AUUUUCCACAAGAAGGCCAAGACCACCAAGAAGGUUGUCCUUCGUCUUGAAUGCACUUCUUGCAAGUACAAGAUGCAACUUGCUCUCAAGAGAUGUAAGCACUUCGAAUUGGGUGGUGACAAGAAGACCAAGGGUGCUGCUCUUGUUUUCUAAACAUUAUACUUUCUUUUUUUGGCUCUCCCUUCCCCUCUUUCCUUGUGUGUGUGGGUAUUUGAUGAGUGUAAUAAAUUUAGUAAAUGUCAUCUCUAAAAUCACACAUGGUCCUUUUAUUUCUUUUUUCUUCUUUCUUCCCUCUCUAUUGACAAAUGCAACAGGCCUUAAAAUCAAAACAGCUAGCAGAAAUCUUGACCACGGCAUUUAAAACAAAGAAGCUUGUGGAGCUUAGAGAGAUUGCGCGAUCAAGCGGUAUAUAUCAACAAGGCACCAAGUCAGACAUUAUACAACGACUUGUUAGCGAGCUACCAAGUAAAACACCAUCGUCCAUACUCUCUUUUGAUCUCGGUUACCGAAACUUGGCUUAUUGUGUUGUCACUCAGGAUGCUACCAUCUUGGACUGGGCACGCAUCGAUCUCGAAUUGACUACAUUUCACCCGUCCGUUGUUGCGCCUGUUGUAAGAAAGUUUAUAAAGGAUCGAAUAGAAUAUAACAUGAAAACAGUGGAUUUAGUUCUUGUAGAACAGCAAAGGGCGCGCUCGAACGGUUCAUGGACAGUACUUGAACAUACACUUCGAGUUAAUUCAAUAGAAGGAAUGAUCUGGUAUGGGCUGUAUGAAACGGCUAAUAACAUCAAACGACCUGAUUUGGAUAUGAUCGCCUUGAGCCGUCAAAAGGUGGAUGCUGCAUGGGAGAGUGAACUUCAACGGGCGGCAGCACAAACUGCAGUGAACAAUAGAACGACCUACAAGAAGAAACAGGCUGCUGUUCGUCUAGUUCAAAAUUGGUUGAAUGAAAAAGAAAACUCAGCCAUCAAACUUGACGAUCGACUUAAAGAUAUGUUUAGAGAAGAGCCAAAAAAGGAUGAUCUAAGCGAUUGUUUACUUCAAGCUCUUGCUUGGUAUAAAUGGCAGCAGUUUAAACAAAAUUAUGUUCAUUUAUUGACAAGUUAACUAUUUUAAUUGACAGCAAUACCUCUGCCAAAUCUAUCGGUAAAACUACCAUGUAAUGUUACAGCGUUAAAUGCACCUAUUGUGCUUCGAGCCACCUCUUUCAUAGUUGCUGCAUCCAGUAUCAAUAAAAAGCAUGAUUCUGAUCCAUCUUUAGUACUUGAAUUCACAAUGGACAAAAUAGCACCGUCGUCUUCCUUGGUGCCAUCUGGGUUGGGUAUAAAGACAGGUUCAGAGCAAGAGCAACC